UUUCUGGAACCUCCCAAGGAUGCUCCCUGCCCAGUCCUAUGUCAACACCUCCUCCUUCCAGCCACCUGCUUUCCUGAUGAUUGGCAUCCCAGGGCUGGAGGCCCUCCAUGCCUGGAUCUCCAUCCCCUUCUCCUCCAUGUACACUGUGGCCCUCACUGGCAACUGCCUGAUCCUCUUGGCCGUGAGGAGGACUCCCAGCCUGCACCAGCCCAUGUACUACUUCCUGUCCAUGCUGGCCCUCACAGACGUGGGCCUCACCUUGUCCACACUGCCCACCACGCUGGCCGUGCUCUGGUUCGACCGUCGGCUCAUCGGCUUCAAUGCCUGCCUGGUGCAGAUGUUCUUCCUCCACUCCUUCUCUGUGGUGGAGUCCUCGGUGCUGCUGGCCAUGUCGUUUGACCGCUUCGUGGCCAUCUCCAACCCCCUGCGCUAUGCGGCUGUCCUCACAAACAAUGUCAUCAUCAGGAUUGGGAUGGCUAUAGUGACCCGUGCCACCUUGUGUCUCUUUCCUGUGCCAUUUUUGAUUAAGCGUCUAAACUUCUGCACUGGAAAUAACUUCCUGUCCCACUCAUUUUGUUUCCACCCUGAUGUGAUGAGAAGAGCCUGUGAUGACAUCACCAUCAAUAUCCGCUAUGGGCUUUAUGUAGUACUGUCCACGGGGGGCAUAGACUCCCUGCUCAUCAUCCUAUCCUACACUCUCAUCCUGCACACAGUGCUGGGGCUGGCCUCUCCCAGAGAGCGCAUCCGGGCCCUCAACACCUGUGUCUCCCACAUCCUGGCUGUCUUUGUCUUCUUUGUUCCUGUCAUUACCAUGUCCAUGAUCCACCGUUUUGGGAGGCACCUGCCCCACGUUGUAUAUGCUCUUGUUGCUUAUGUGUACCUGGUGGUACCCCCUGUGCUCAACCCCAUCAUCUACAGUGUCAAAUCCAAGCCCAUCAGGGAGGCCAUGCUCAGGGUGCUGAGGUGGAAAGGCCAAGGCUGAUGAUGCAGGAUGCUUGCAGGACUGAGGGCACUGAAAAGAGGUUGGUAAACCAAAAUUCAACUCCUGGAUAGAUCAAGUCUUACCCACUGCUUUGUUUUGAGCAUCUGGAAGAGAGGUGAUAGAUAUUCAUGAGAAUCUUAUUUACUCUCUCAUUUAUUUCACAUGUAUUUUUCUCAAUGCUAAUUUUUUCUUUUUUUUAAACUGCAUUGAGGUAUAUUUUACAUACCAUAGAAUUCACCCAUGUUAAGUGUACUUAUUCAAUGAUUUUUAGUAAUUUUACCAAUUAGUGUUACAUUUCCAUAAAACAGUUUUAGAGUAUUUUCUUCCCCUCUAAUCAAGUUCCCUCAUGGCUACUAUAGUUAAUUCUUGUUCUGACUUCCAGCCCCGGGCAGCCCCUAAUCCACUCUUUACUCUUCACCAGUUGAUAGACACAGGUUGUUUCUAAUAUUUGGUUAUUGGAAAUAAUGUUGCUAUGGAUUUUUGUGUAAGUCUUUGUGCAGAUACACAUUUUUAUUUCUCUUGGGCUUAGGAGUGGAAUUGCUGGGUGAUACAGUAGUUUAAUAUUUAACACCUUGAGAGAUAACUGAACUGUUUUCCAAAAUGGCUGCCCUACUUUACAUUCCCACCAGCAAUGUAGGAGGGUUCCUGUUUGUCCACACCUUUGCUAACAUUUUUUGCUGCCUAUGUGAUUUAUUAUAAUCAUUCUGGUGAGUGUGGAAUUGUAUCUCAUUUUUAUUUUAAUUUGCAU